AUGAACAACACGAAUACACAACUCAAAGCCAGAGACAAGCUUCUUCUAUUAUUCAAAGAAUUGGAGAAAUUACUUGGUUGUCAGGGAUGGAAUAGAAUGGAUUCAGGCGGUGUUGCAAAAUGUGGUCUCAAGGAGCUUGUUCUUGACACUAAAUCGUAUUACGGCCUGCCUCCGACUGUCUUCUCCGCCGACGCAUUGAUGGUCCUUAGACUGAGUGGAUGUAGCCUCAGAGGGCCUCACCGUAUGAUAAAUUGGCCUUCUGUACGUGAGUUUUAUAGGGACAAGGUUUUCUACAAUGAGGACAUUAUUUGGAAUCUCAAAUUGACUUGCCCAUUAAUCGAGAAAUUUUCUCUUGUAUGUUGUUCGGGUGCUUCCCGAAUGAUUAAGCUUUCCGGUUUCUCCAAGCUUGAUCUCAGAGGUAGUCCUAUUGCGAAGAUAAAAAACAAUCUACCCAGUCUUCAAAUUAUAAAUUAUAAUCAGAGGCGAUGGGAGUGCCAGAUUGACCUAAUAGGUAAAUGGGAUGGUUUUUAA